AUGUCAAUCACACAAAAAAGACAUUGCGCAAUAAUCUCCUACAGCAACCAUUCGAGCUCGUCAUCAAAUCCAAUUUGUCUUAACAGGGAUAAAAGUCUCAUCUGUUGUAACGAGAACCAUUUCUUCAUCCUCUUACCUGUCGACAAUAAUUCAAAAGACAAACGGAAGGGAGUUCAAGGCAAUCACUUUAUUGAAACAACUAAUAAAACAUUAAGAUAUUUUGUUGUUUCUAACAAAGAGAAUGUUUUCAACUUCAGUGGU